AUGCCUGUUGAUGGCAUCGUCCCCACCAAUGGCGCGGCAGAUGAGCGGCCCCAAGUCAAGGACAUCCCAGAUGAGGAGAUCCUGGACGAUGUCAGCUGCUUGACUGCAGCUCCUCAGGACACGGACACCGCGGUGCAAUCUGCCGGGCAAGCCGCGCUGAGCUGCUGGUGGAUGGAGAUGUCCACAGUCUCCGUAGCAUCUGAGCCAUUCCGCAUACAGGAGGCGAUUCAGAUGCUGGAGCAGGAGGGUCGAGCGGUGAACGCCACAGUUUUUGGCCCGCCCAAGGGCAGAAACAAAAAUCAGGCUUGGCAGAAGUUUCUUCAAAGACGGAACGUCGUAUUCCGACCUGUGGUGCGAGGACUGGAUGAGAGAAGGGAGGCCAAUGAUGAUGCCAUUCGAGACACGAUUCAAGCACUCUCGCGAGCCAAAGGGGUUGGUUACGUGGCAUUGCUUUCAACUGACACAGGUUUCUUGAGCCAGCUACAGGACUGCAUUGUGUCUGGGAACAAGGUUGUGUUAUUCAUUCCAGCAAGACGGACAAUGAUCAUCAGGUAUUACGAAGAGAACGGGAUGCAAGUUAAGCAGCUGCCAGAGGAGGACAACACAUGCCAUGUCAGAGCUCUUCUUGAGGCUAAUGGCACAGGAAAUGUCAAACUAGCUGAGCCAUAUGCAGAGUUUCUCACUCCAGAAGCCGCCGCAGAAAUGACAGACAUUCUGCAAGAAUGCGGCUUCCCAACUGGCGAACGCGUAUAUUUGAACCAAUUGAUUGCCAAGUUCUGGUUUGCCCAUUCACUGGGCACAUUGACGGUGUACCCCUUUAACCUCGCCGUGACAGCAAUGAGAGAUGCGAUCACAUCGGUCUCAAGCAUUCGAUCAUGGCAGUCCAGUGGUAAGCCACUGGCAUUCUUCCUCCCAGUCAGCGGCCCAGGUACUGGAAAGGCAGCCAAAUUUGGAUCUCGGCUGGCUCGUAGAAUCUUUCGCGGCGGAGGCCCGUUCAUGCUGAGCGAUUCCUCCAACUUGACAUGCGCGGCCUUGACGGAGCUUGGCUACAUGGAUGAGGAUCUGAACGCGGAUUUGACAGAAGCAAUCUUCUGUUUUGUCAACAGCACUGACAACAAGUAUCGCUUGCGCAAGCUAGACUUGCUGCCAGCAGGUCAGGCUAAAACCCAGGAGCUCGAUAGGCAAUUGCGCCAGGCAUUUCUAUCCAACGGGACAGAUGCACAGUGGCGAGUUGGGCCCAACAGUCGCGCCGGCGUUCAGAAGAUCCUGGUGGCUUCUGAGAUGCUUCCGCAAGGUCGUGCGUCGCAGGCGGAGCUUUUCACAGCAAUGGGAGAUUACGCCCGUUGCCACGACCUGCCAGAGAUGCGGACGUUCAAUGGCCGCGCGUGGCGCAUCAUGAGGUUCAAUGACAGGUGUCCUACCACGCGAGGUGUCAUCGAGGUUGCCAGGCCUUGA